AUGCAAGAAUGGAAUUUCCAGAAGUACCAGAUAAGACCAGAAGCACAGACCUCCAUCAACCCCCGCUCCCCACCGCCCCGGGAGGAACCCUUGCGGCAGUUCCAGGCGCCCGAGCGGCAGGUGAGUCGCGCAGAGACCACAGCCCGUCCCUCUCCGCUCGGCCCCGGCACAGCCGGCACCGCGGGCGGCACCGGGGCGCUGCUGUCCGCGGCGGGCGCCGCACUGCCACCGCAGGGAGCUGCCGCCCGGAAACACGGCUUCUCCGCCACGAACGAGCAAACCCACCACGGAAAGGAAACUCUCCCCGAAUGUUUCAGGGCCAACGGCAUCACCGGCCGCCGCCUCAUCCACGCGAACUGCUCCAGCCUGCCCGCCAUGGGCGUCACGGACUUCGGCCACAUGCAGGAAAUUUCACGACAGGUGCGAGAGUUGCUGGGGAUUGAGGAGCCUCUCUUCAGCAGAUCCAUCGCCCUCCCGUACAGAGACAAUAUGGGUCUCUUCCUAGAGAGAAAGGCACCAACAGGAGAGAAAGCAGAUGCCCUCACUUUCUCACAGUUUAUCCAAGAAGCAGGACUGGAGCCCUGUACUACAGUUCCUUCUUUGCAAGCAUCCCAGACCGUGGUGGGAGUGGAUGCUCUCCCUGCAUCACAGGACAUGCAGAGGCAGAAUUAGAGACUCAUGCUGCACUUUUGCCUCUGUAAGAAGCCCAGCAGCCACAGCAGACUGUACCCUUAUUACGUUGCAGAUUGUUCAAGGAGGUGCAGUUCCACCUUUUCACAAUUACAAAAAAUUGUGCACUGCACUACCACUGCAACUCUUAGACAUUUUAUUACACCAAACCCAUUCCCACAUUGUCUCCUUUCUGCAAUACUUCAUUUGCUUAUAGGAACUAAGUGAAGUGGAGGUUGUAGAUCAGACUGUACCAUUGUCUGUCUUUCACUUCUGCUUCACAGUUGGCUAAAAAAGACCAAAAAACAAUCAUAGACAUAUUUUAGGCACAAAUGAUUGAUAAGAACUUCCCAGAUGCUCAAGUGAAUAGAUUUCUCCCAGGCUUUAGUGUCUGCAGACUGGGUUUGCUCUGAAACCCACAUGUAAGAUAAAUGACAUAUACAGUAACUGGUGUACAGGUGUGGUGGCAGCUGCUGUCAGCAAUCAUAAUUAAGUAAGGGGUCUAGGUGCAACACGCAUAACUAAUCCUUGGCCUCGCCACAGAAAUGAUUUCCUGUGAGGCAAAACCAGGCAGGCAGUGUUUUAUCAUGGUAAACAGUACUGAAACACAAUAGAUGGUGGCAAAAAAAAGUA